ACGAGAUGUUGUAGCGAUGCAGGCACAUAAGGGAAGGAUCCUGUUUCGAACGUUCGUCCGAUUCUGUCUUACUAUGUUGGCACUACUCGCUCGCCCGCCCGCCGUAAUCUCCAUCGGUUGGUGCCAAUGCGCCGCUCGCCCAAAAGCAAUACCCAGCACAUUUUCAUCCUAAGCCACUCGCCUCUGCCAUGAAUGUACGGAGCAACUCGAGUUCUCAACACUUUCAUGAAGACUAUUCAGACAGCGCCAUGCCAUCAUCAAGCCUGCAUCAAUCAGAGAGCACAUCAAUGGAAACCGACAUCGGAAGCACGACAACGACGACGACAAAAGACGACGCCUACCCAGAGCAAACAGAAGAAGACAUCGCGCAGCUAUUCAAACGCCUAGCAACCCGCCACAUCGACCUCGUGCGCAGCAACAACUGGACACACCCCGACUGGACCGCAGUAGUCGCAGAAGACUUCCGCACCUUCGUGCCCUCCGCGUGGCCCUAUCCCGCCGCCGACGGGCGGGCAGAGUACAUCGAAAGCUCGCGGGUGUUCAAAGCGGCGAACCCGGCGUAUGAUCUUGUGCCUACGCGGAUGGACGCGGUCGUCGAUCCGUCCCAGACGGAGGGCAGGGUAUGGGUGACGCUACAUGUGUAUGGGCAUCCGCCGCCGUUGGUGAGGGAGAGUGUGUGUAUUAUGCAUUUUCAGCUUACGAGGCGUGGAUGGCGGCUGGUGAGGCAGGAGGCGCUGAGGGGGCCGCAGGAGAUGUGAUGUGCAGAGUGCUGGCAUGGAUUUGCUUGUUGGACGGUCAGUUGGUCAAUGUUCUUUGACGUUCAGCUCUGUAGAACGGCUUCCAUCAUGUCGAUGCAUCAUCAGCCCCGUGAGGAUUUGUAGGGCGGCAGCGGCUGAAAAGUUGCCGCAGGGCUGAAGUGUUGUCGAGGAGAGGUCGCGGCAACGUUCACGCAACGGGGAUCUACCCCAAACGGGUGCCGGUGAUUUCGAAGGACCGACGACUCGCCCUCCCCGGCGAUGAUGGAACCGCGGCUGUUUUGGAACAGACAG